AUGUGGAACACAACUGCAGGUUCUAACAGUAAUCUUGCAUCAAGUGGUAGUGGUAUUGGAAAAUACUUUCCAGGACAAGGUCCAGACACCGUUUUUGAUAAAAAUACAAGCACUAAAUAUGUGAAUUUUGGAAAUUGUAAUAAUACUGCGAACGGCUCACCCAUUUGUGCACAAAAUACUGGAUUCUAUCUGACACUAAAGAGAGGUGCAUCAUUGCUCGUCGCUUUUCGAUAUGUUACCGCCAAUAGUUAUCCACAACGUGACCCACUAACAAUCACCAUUGAAGGAAGCAACAACAAUCCUACAGAGCUUACUCGUCGAUCGAGCUGGACCUUACUCUACAAUGGCUCCUCUGGUAUUUCCAUAAAUCAAACCCGAUUGACAUAUGGAUCAAUACAAUGGUUAUCACAAAAUUCAACAUGGUAUGCGAGCUAUCGAUUUUUGGUUAAUUUAGCCACGAAUAAUGGGACAAAUAUCCCAUACAUACAAUAUUCUGAGGUAGAACUAUUUGGCUACUGA